AUUCACCCCGCGCUCUUCCGCCGGAUUCCGGCGGCCGAGGAGCUCGAGCCGCCUUGUGGUGCGGUGCUGCGAGGGGCCUGCGGUUGAGGUCGCCGAGAAGAGAAACACGGCGGUGGUGAAGAAUGGGAACGAUUCGCUCGAGAUAUGCAGAGUCCUCAACGGCAUGUGGCAGACCAGCGGCGGCUGGGUCGAAUUGACCGCGACGCCGCCGUUGAUGCCAUGCUCCGCUACGCCGACGCCGGUCUCUCCACCUUCGACAUGGCUGACCACUAUGGACCCGCGGAAGAUCUCUAUGGCAUUUUUAUUAACAGAGUGCGUAGAGAGCGCCCACCGGAGUACCUAGAAAGCGUUAGAGGUCUUACAAAAUGGGUGCCUCCGCCGGUGAAGAUGACUAGCAGCUAUGUUCGCGAGAGCAUUAAUGUUUCCCGGAAGAGAAUGGAUGUCGCCUCUCUUGACAUGCUUCAGUUUCACUGGUGGGACUAUUCGAAUCUUGGCUACCUCGACGCUCUCAAACAUCUCACAGACUUGAAGGAAGAAGGUAAGAUAAAGACAGUUGCUUUAACCAACUUUGAUACUGUGAGGCUUCAGAAGAUUCUAGAAAAUGGGAUUCCGGUUGUGAGCAACCAGGUGCAGCAUUCGAUUGUUGACAUGCGUCCGCAGCAGAAGAUGGCCGAGCUUUGUCAGCUCACCGGAGUUAAGCUUAUAACGUAUGGCACGGUGAUGGGUGGAUUACUAUCAGAGAAGUUCCUCGACACGAAUCUAACGAUCCCUUUCGCGGGCCCUCCGUUGAACACUCCUUCGCUGCAGAAGUAUAAACGGAUGGUUGAUGCCUGGGGAGGAUGGAGUCUUUUCCAAGUUUUGCUGCAGACUUUGAAUAAGAUAGCUAUCAAGCAUGGGGUUUCGAUUCCAACGGUUGCUGUGAGAUACGUUCUCGAUCAGCCUGGCGUGGCUGGAUCGAUGGUCGGAGUUAGACUUGGUCUGGCGGAGCACAUCAAAGACAACAAUGCUAUCUUCUCACUUGUUCUUGACGAAGAGGAUGUAACCAGCAUACUGCAGGUCACCCAGAAAGGCAAAGAUCUCAUGAAGAUUAUCGGCGACUGUGGCGACGAAUAUAGGCGUGCAUAACAGUAUAUACACAGUUUAUCCAGUUACGGAAUCAAAUGCAAGGAAACUUGUCCUGUAUCGGUUGUGUAAGAUAAUAACAUGAGUUUAUAGAUCAUAUAAAAUCAAUAUUGAAAAACAAGAAUAAUAUAUGAACAUUCCAUUAUUUGAUCACAAGGUACUUUUGUUUGUA